AUGACUAGAAACCAGAAUCAUGAUGCUGAUGCAUCAUCAUCAUCAUCAUCAUCAUCUAGCAGAAAGAGGUUCAGGGGUUUUGACAAUGAUGGUGUGGCUCUUAACCAUGAUGUGCUUUUUAUAGUUAUGAUGAAACUGGGAGUUGUUGAUUUUGUUGCAUUCAGUGGAGUUUGCAAGUCAUGGAGGUCACUUGCAUUCUCAAAUUGGAACAUGUUCAUGGCAUCAAAACCACCCAUGUCCAUAUGUAUUUCGGAUGAGUGGUGCUCCCUUGAGGACCUUGAAGGAAAAAAGUUCAAAACCAUAAUUCCCCAUUCAGCUGGCAGGAUCUGUUUUGGGUUAACUUGUGGUUACCUGAUCUUAUUCAGUAGGGAAACCCGUGACUUCUGGCUUGUGAAUCCAAUCACAAGGCAUGAACUUCAUUUCCCUAAUUACCCCAUAGAUGUAGAAGAUGCUUAUGGAAGAAUUAGGGCUAUCCUUUUCUUUUCACCUUCAACAUCUGGGUGGAUGUUUGUUGUGUUACAUAGACUGAGUAGACCAAAAUUAUCAUUUUCUAUAGCGGGUAAACAAGGAUGGAAUCAUGUGGACCCCACUGUUCCCAUUCCCCCAAUCCUUGAUUUACAUGCUUUCAAAGGGAAGAUAUAUACCCAUCACGCUGAUUCUUCUGUAUGUGAGCUCAGGCUCAAUCCCAAUCGGAAGGACAAAUGGACCUUACUCGAAUCCAAAAAUUUUCCGAAGCUGGACUUACCAUUUCCAGAGCUUGUAAGUUCGAUAGAAAAGCUUUAUAUGAUAUAUUGGUCUUCAUCAUCACCGAAAAAGGUUAUGGAAUUAGAUUUUGGUGAAAUGAAAUGGGUCCCGCCGAAAAAGACAAUUAGAGAAUAUACUUUCUUUCUUGGCGCGAAGAAGUCUUCUGUUGCUUUUAAACCCGAGUCAUGGAUUGGCCCUCCAAUACAAUACAAGAGGUAUGGUCACUUUCAGUCAUGGACUAGCCCUCCAACACAAUACAAGAGCUAUUGGCACUUUCUUGCUGGACAAAACGUUGUCUUUUCAAAAGGGAUGUGGUACUUCCCUCAUGAUUGUUUAAAGGUUAAUCUCUUAGAUGGGUGGUGA